AUGUGCACGCCACAACCAGCCGCCGGCCGCAUCCGGCUGAACGUCGGCGGGCAGGUGUUCGAGACGACGGCUGACACACUCACAGGCGCAGGCGAGGGAACCAUGCUCGCCGCCAUGUUGGAACCCUGCUGGAACGCCGGCGCCACCGGGGGCGUGCCCGAGUACUUCAUCGACCGCGACCCGGCCUGUUUCGCCUCGCUCCUCGACAUGCUCCGCACGGGCGAGCUGCAUGUCCCGUCUGCCAUCCCGGAGCGGAUGCUCUUCCAGGAGGCGUCCUACUAUGGCCUCCUUGACCAUGUCCGCGCUGCUCGCAUCGGUGAGCUCAAUCUCUACAGGGUCCGGCUGGCCGCUUCCGUGCCGCCGGGGCGUAGGCCAGUGGCCUGCCCGGCCGUCCGUGCGGCGCCAGACGGGGGGUGUUGCGUCAAGCACGACCCCAUCGUGCGGGUCUACAACCGGAUGCUCGAGGAGCGCCAGCCACAAACAAACGUCUUUGCUAGCUGCAACAACUCGGGCAUAACUCAAGGAAUUGGCUACGGCAUCGGUGUUUGGGACUGCAUCACCGGCGAACAGACAAGCUCUUUCUUUGACCCGAAGUAUGUCGACGCUCUGACCGACGCCAGCAAGCUUCAGUGGCUGGCAAGCACCAACGCCCUCAUGGCUGUCAAGGCGUGCUCACCGAAAGAUGCUUUCUCGCCGUCUUCCAUCACUCUGGUGGAUUUCCGGGAUAUGAGUGUUGUGUGGUCAUGGUCUGCCGGCAGCCGGAGAUGGAACGAAAGGCGUGUUGCCGAUGCCGUCGUGAUGGAGGACGAGAGGUCGGUCCGCUUGAUCAGCCAGGACCAUGAUCUCGGGUUCCUCGACAUCCGUUCUCGGGGCUCUGUCCAGGAGCCGUGGACAUAUUGUAACGCGACGACCCCGACGUGCUAUCCGAAGCUCGCCGUGCACGGCGGACUGCUCUUAGCGUCCAAGGAUGACAGCAUCUCGGUGUAUGGCGGCCCAAAUCAUGACCGCCUGAGGCUGGCGCUGCGUGGGAGCCAAGGCGGUGGCGCCAUUGCCGACUUCUCGGUUGGGGGCGACCGUCUCUUCCCGGUGCAUCAUGAGGACAACUUGCUGGAUGUGUGGGAGACACUGCCACCUCCCAUCGCCUAA